AUGAGUCUUUAUAGAAGUUUAUAGCAACGGCCCCGGAUAUUCUCGAGCCAUGGCUUCGAAGCCAUACAUUGGCUGUAAAGUAUCACUCCUCUCAAAAGCCCAAAAUCGUUAUGAAGGGAUUUUGUAUACUAUUGAUGCAGCGAACAGCACAGUAGUUCUGGCAGGAGUCAAGUGUUUUGGAACUGAGGGACGGACAACAGAUAGGCCAAUGUCACCCAAAGAUGAUGUCUAUGAGUACAUUACUUUCCGGGGAAGCGAUAUUAAGGAUAUUACACUGGGUGAACCUCCAAGGUAUCACCAUGGCCUGCCUCAGGAUCCUGCAAUAAUACAGGUGUACAAAAACUGCUUGACCUCCAGUUCAGGCGCUUCAAGCAUCCAAUCUACCGUUGGAUCACUCAGCCCCUUAAGGAUGCCUGCCUACAACCAGGUUGCUGCUAGCUCUCUGCUUAAUCAGCAGUAUGUUGCAGCUCUCGGCCUUGGCUUACUUGCUCAAAGAGGUCCCAUGGUGGAAAAGGCUGUUCAAACCGUCAGUGUAAAGACAUUUAGGCAGAGGAGAGGUGCGAGUGGAUCCCACCAGCAGGAGCAACAAGAAGAACAAGGGCAGCAGCAGCAGCGGAAUAGGAGGCAGCCCAAGGGGACGAGAGGAACAAAUAUUCAAACCACAAGGGUCACUGAAGCCACCAUGCAAUCAGACCCAAGUGGAUCCACUUCUCAGGACAGUCAGCAGCAAAAUGCUGAAACCAGGCCACCUGCUAGAAAAAGACAAGGACCUCGACGGCGCAGGAACCGCAGAAGAGGCCAGCUGAUGGUGGCUAAUGCUCCAUCUCCCACCCUUAAAUUUGACACGGACUUUGAUUUUGAUUCCUCAAACGCGCAAUUCAUUAAGGAGGCGCUUGAGGAGAAGUUCCAGGAGAGGCUGACUCUGAAAGAUGGGAAUUCUGAGGGAAGGGAAACGGAGGGGUUGCAGCUGACUUCAGGGGAGGAUCGUUUUGGUCCAAAGUGCUACUAUGACAAAGCAAAGUCUUUCUUUGACAACAUCUCAUCUGAUAAUGGGCUCAGACUGACGUGGGCAGAGGAGCGAAAGCGCAAUCUGGAGACCUUUGGUGUCCCUGGGCGUUUCCUGAGGGGCCAAGGAUUCAGAGGUGGAUAUACCAGAAGAGGACGAGGUGCUGCUCGAGUCUAACUCAAAGAAAUGCAACUGGGCGGCUGUACAGAUCAGUUUCAUACAAAGGCAGUAGAGUAAAGCCACCUUGAAUGAUUUCGUACCCUAUUUCUGUUUCUUACAGUGAGUGGAAGGUACUGGAUCCCCUGUG